AUGCUGAGCAAGUUUAUAAAUAAAAAAGAGAAGACAGAAGAUGUUAAAAUGAACCCAGUAACCAUCGACACCAUUAGAAACAGCGAUAAACACAUAGGUGCCCAUUUGUCUAUCCAGGGUGGAAUUAAUCUGAUAUUUGGAAGGAUAAAGUCCAUAGGCGCACAGGCAGCUGGGCUGUUUCUAAAGCCGCAGAGAACAUUCACCACCAAGCCGUACACCUCUGAGACCAUACACGCCUUCAAAAUGGCAAACACACACGAGAAGCUGCUUCCCCACGGAUCAUACCUUAUUAACUUGGCACAGCCUGAUAAGGAGAAAUCCGAUCGAUCUUACAAUCUGUUCCUAGAUGAGCUCACUCGAUGCGAACAGCUGGACAUUCCUAUGUGCAACAUACACCCCGGAAGCAACGUGGGAAAGCUGCCUGUGCAGGUUGCCUGCCAAAUGAUAGCAGAUAACAUUAACAAAGCGCACAAAGUCACAAAUACCGUUAUAGUUGUUAUCGAGAACAUGGCAGGCCAGGGAAACACUCUGGGCUCCAAGUUCGCAGAGCUAAAAAUGAUAAUAGACGGGGUGGAAGACAAGUCGAGAAUAGGCGUGUGCUUAGACACCUGCCAUCUUUUUGGCACAGGGUACAACAUAUCAACGAAAGCCAGUUUUAAAAAGGUCAUGGAUGAUUUUGAAAAGACCGUGGGGAUAGAAUACUUGAAGGGGAUGCAUUUGAACGACAGCAAAGAGCCCCUGGGCAGCAGAAGAGACAGACAUGCAUCGAUUGGAAAGGAUCUUAUUGGGCUGGAGGCUUUUUCGUACAUCAUGAAUAGCUCUAUUUUCAAUGGCAUUCCCAUGAUUCUGGAGACACCUGAUCCCGAAAGGUACAAAGAAGAAAUAGAGCUGCUUUAUUCGCUUAUUGAGAAAUAG